AUGGCUUUAAUUGUGGAUAUAAUAAUGGAGAAAUGUACUUAUGGGGAGGCAAAUCGUGUGUACAUUAGAACAGUAGAAUUUUCUAGGGUUUUAGAGAUUUUAGGCUUAACAUACAUAUUUUCCUAUAUGCACAACGACAGGAUAUUAUUUAAAAUAUUUGUUAACAAAAUAUGCAUCAUAAAAUGUGGUAAUUUGGGAGCCAUUUCAAAUGGCAGAAAACGAGUAACUAAUUUCAUAUUUCACGGGGUUCUCAAAUAUCAUGAGCUGCGGAAAUACAUAAGCUUCAAAUCAUCAGGAGGCACAUAUGUGGUUGCGCACACAAAUCACACGUGGCACGACAUCGUAUUCACACGGGAUGAUUACCAAUUUCAGAAGUGA